CCGGUUGAAGCAAACGCAGGUAGUUUUGCUUUUGGUUUCUAGGUAACGUAAUAGUAAGUUAGUAAUCUACUCACUGUAUGAAGGAACGGAAUUAACAUUUGCUAAUAUAUUUUUCUUUAAACAUAUUGAUUUUGUUGUUGUAAAAUGAUUCCAACUAUGAAUACUUAUUAUGAUAUUUUCAGCUGCAUUUUACCACCAGCUUAGAUCGGGUCAUUUCGCCAAUAAACACGUUCGUCCGAGACGUGGUUUUAUUGAUUGAUAUUAGUUUAAUUAAAAACUUAUGUUGCUACAAAUAUGUUGAGAAAUACUGAUGUUGAACUUAUUUCAUUUAAAGGCUUUAUGUGGUCAUAUACUGUAUUUUGCAAUUGGCUAUGUAUUAGGUCGAAAUGACUUCUUACAAGAUCUCGCUCUGAAUCUACUCAAACAAUGUUAGAGAUUUUACACGUUUGAAAACUUUUGACAGGCGCCAUGUGACCUCGUCACUAUCGGCAAAAUAAUAUCCGAUAGAAAAAAGCCCAACCAGCGGCCUCUUAUGUUAUAGGAGUAGCUCUGAAUCUAGCAAUCGCCAUCAUCCGGUCAUCAUUAUGAUUACUUCAAAAGUUGAGAUUAUUUUGAACUACAUGAUCUGUGAUUGACUCCCGGUAUUCAUAAACACGGGCAUAAUAGAUAAUAAUUACUGGCAUAUAUAAGAUAAGGACGUAAUGUUCGAAAUAGAUUAUGUAACUUGUUGCAAAUGUCUGAAAUACACAUAUCUGAUAUGGGUCACAGCUCACAUAAAUAUACACAAUGUUUAUGUGUGCUGUGAACCAAAUGAUAUCGUAAUUUAUUCUAUGUAAAAAUAUUAUUUCACAGCACAUUACCUGGUAAAAAGAGAAAAAAGUUAUAAAAUAAAUGAAUGCUCAAAAACGAAAGAAUGCCAAACUGCAAAAACAGAACACUGGAAGUGUUGAUGGAAAGACCAAGAAGAAUGAUACACUGUCAAGCAACAGGAGUGACGUGAGAGGGGGACGUGAUUUGGAACUGAGUUUAGUCCUAGGACUUGUGACAUUUAGCGUGUACUACACCACCCUCUACCCGUCUCUGCCUGGAGGAGACUCAGGAGAACUUAUAGCUGCUGCACAGGAACUGGGGGUAGCCCACCCUCCUGGAUAUCCUCUGUUUACCCUGCUUGCCUGGUUGGCUAUACGGCUGGUGCCAGGUGGUAGUGUGGCAUGGCGCGUCAAUCUACAGACAGCCACGUUCGGAGGGCUAGCCAUAGUGUUUCUGGCACUCACCAUCCUCAGACUGACCCGUCGUCCGUCAGCGGCUGUACUAGCGGUCGGAAUAUGGGGUUGGUGUAAGCUGACCUGGGCAUGGUCUAUCACGGCAGAAGUCUUUGCCCUAAACAACAUGUUUGUGGCCCUGCUCAUGUUGGUAGCUCUGCAGUUCGAAGACUCCACUAAUCAGCACCAGAUCAAGACGUCAAUGCUGGGAUCCUUUAUCUGUGGCCUGUCACUUUGUAACCAGCAUACCAUGGUCGUCUAUGUGUUUUGUCUGGCAGUCUGGGUUCUUUAUACUCUCCACAAAAACCAGAUUCUGACUCUCAGUGUAUUGAUUAAGGUUGGCCUUUCCUUUCUGGCUGGACUCUUGCCAUACAUAUAUCUACCUCUGUCCAGCUGGUUUGUGCAGUCAAGGUGGACCUGGGGUGACCAGAGGUCAGUGGCUGGACUACUGACGCACGUGUUGAGGAGGGAAUAUGGCACAUUUGAUUUGGGUAAAGGAGAGACUGGACAAGGAUUGAUAUUUGGUCUCAGAGCCUACUAUGACCACAUGGUCAGUGACCUGACUCCAGUUGUCUGUGUCCUGUUCUUCCUGGGGUUGGUGGCUGUAACUUACAGGCAUCUAAAGACAACGGACAGAGCCCUAACCGUAUUCCUCAGUAUGAUGACCAUAUACCUGGUUUUGUUUUCUUGGCGCGCAAACCUUGAUCUGAAAAAUGCCCUCUACUUAGGAGUGGUGGAAAGAUUCUGGAUGCAGAGCGAUUUGAUAGUGGUUACCAUAGCAGCUGUAGCCUAUAGUGAUGUCAUCAACUAUUUGCUCGGGAUAACAAAGAUGAACACAGCCUACGUAGAGUAUGCGAGACCAGACGUAAUUGUAGCUGUUGUUUUAUCUAUUUUCCAACUGCAACGCCAUUACAAUGUGAGUAAUCACAGUAACAACUGGGUCAUCCAUGAGUUUGGAGAAGACAUCCUGAGGACCAUGCCGCCUAACGCCAGCAUACUGACAAAGGGAGACCUUCCCUCCAACACUUUCAGAUAUUUACAUUUGUGUGAGAAUAUUAGACCAGACAUUCAAAUAUUUGAUCAGGAGAUUUUGACAUACGAGUGGUCAGUACCCAUGCUAGGAUGGACAAUGCCCGGGAUCACAUUUCCAGGGGACAUGUUCCAUCUGACAAACGCCAAGAGGACGGAUGGCAGAAUAUCUUUUACAUUCAAGAGGUUUCUUGACGUCAACUAUGACAAAGCCCCAAUUUUUGCCUGUAUUGGAACACAGGAACACGAGAACUCCUGGCAGACAGGGUAUACUUUGGUACCCUAUGGGGUGUGCAGUCAACUUAUGAAGAAGGGCGCAACUUUUGACUUGACAGCACACAUCAGAUCCGUCAGGAAAAUCGCACAGAACUGGACGCAUCCACCUGGCGGAUUUCCUGAAACGUCUUGGGAGCGUGUGGCAACAGAUGAGAUGUGGAAUGCUAAAAUCAGCACAGCAUUCUUCCUGUAUGACAGGUCCCAGGCCUCUGACAACAAGCAGGAAAAAAAGGCAGCACUCAUUUCUUCUUACCAGUUGUACACGGAAGCCCUGAAGAACAAUCCUGGGUUUCCGGCCUACUGGCACAAAAACUAUGCACUGGCCUGUGAGAAAAUGCUACAUACACCUCACGAUUACGACAAGCAGAGCUUGGCCCGUAAAGUUGUCCAUCACUUUGAGACAUUCCUGAAACGUGACCCCAAUGAUCCGGACAAACAACCAAUCACGGAAAUCAUCGAAAUAAUGAAACAGAAGCUCAAAUCCUGACAAUGAUAUGUUUUUGGUGUUGACAAUUAGUGCUUGCAUAAUGAUUUAGAUUUAUUAUCAGCUGGUGACACAACCAUGUGUUUAUAAACAUGCUUCAUAUAUCUUUACAUAAGAAUGCUGGAUUUAAUAUUUAUACAUAUUUUUGUUUGUACGAGUAUAUAUAGGAUCUUGAAUGAGUUUUCAUUCCAUAUGAGAUUUUAUGAAACGAGUCUUAGGAGUUUUCAUUCUUUGCGAACCUUGGCGAGCAAAAAUUAAAACUUUGAAUUGAGUUUCAUAAAAGCUUGUAUGAAAUGAAAACAAAUUUAAGAUACUUUUUAUUACAUAACUCAGAAAACUUACAUUUUGACAGGUUUUAAAGCCAUAUUGUAGAGGAGUUAUCAAACAGAGACAGCCAUUUUGUUAGCCAUUCACAAUUUAUGACGUCUAGUCUUUGUCCAUAUUAUGAGGUCACAGUCGAUUUCUGACUGGCAGAGCCAAUGAAAAAUGCUCCAGUAUAUUACACAGGAUAACAGGCCGAUUAUGUGAUGAAUAAAUAUGUUUUACUGUCACUAUGAUAGCCAUUGCGUGUUUGUUAAAAAGACGAAGUCUGUAAAUGUCUUAUUAAAGUUACAUCUAAUGUAGUUCAGGUCUGUGACAAAAGUGGACGUUUUCUCAUUCUCUCCUGUCCUUACCCAGAACACUGAUAAUCUACCUUAUAUUAAAGAUCCCUGUACCACCAUGUUCACUACUUUAUUUUAUUUCAAUUUUGCGUUUGUUUAAAUAUAGGAGCUGGUAAAGUGUUUUUUAAAAAUAAGUUGUGAUAUUGGUAUUGAUGAGAGUGAUUCAAAGAAAAUUCAUCAGACUAGAGUUUAUUUAGUCUCCUGUGUUUUUGUGUUUUUAAGUAUACUUUUAUAAGUAAUCAGGUUUUUUUUGCUUUUAAAUACCUGUCAUUUCCAUCUUGGAAAGCAAGACAUAAUGUAUAAUGUAACUAUGGUAACAUACUAUUCAAAGUAUUCUUGUGUGCUAUACAGUUUUUGAAAAUUAUAAACGUAAGUGACAUAAGUUUAGUCUCAUUAUUUUCUCAUUAUCAAUGAGGAGGUAACAUUUAGUUUUAAACAGGGUUCAAAUAGCUUAAUAAUGAUCAACUUCAAAAAUCUUUCAUUGGUGAAUUUUUGUCACCAAUAUAUUACCAUAAAUGGUCUCAUAAUGAUCAUAUUCAUGUAUCUGUCUUUUCACGGUCAUCAAAUAACCCAAGAUACUUAUACAUGUAUAACGAUACUGUUGUCUGUAAGGCUAUUGGUCUAUCUAUCUAUUAUACUCCACAGACACCAAACUGUUUUUGAAGAAUUGUCUGUAAUAGAAAAUGAAGCACAGUCAAUACAUGUAAAACUGUAUAUGAUAGUGACCAAUCCUUCCAAGAAAAUUUUGUAUGAAAUUAUCUGAGGGAUUUAGAUAAAUUUGUGUGAACAAUACUGUAAUAAGAAGGGCAAUAACUCUGUCAAAGAUCAAGUAUUUAUUUCUACAUGUAAUAUCUUAAUUUACAUUAAAUUUAAGAGGAUGUUGAAAGUACUUUCAUUUGCUGUCAAUGUGGCACUUUUCAGUGUUUCUAUAAAUGUACCAUAACGUGAACAACAAGAUAGUAAUGCAUGUGUAAGUCACAAAUAACUGGAAUUUUGAAAUAAUUUUAUUUUUCCUCAACAAUGUUUGUAUUUUCUUCAACGUGGAUUAAGAUACAUGACUUGUGAUAACAUAAUGACUCCCGGCUGAGUUUGGCAAACAACCUAAGAUUAUGAAACAGUUUUCCCUUUGAACAGAAAAUAUCCUGUGAUUAAAAUAAAAAAGAACAAGAUAGCAAUGUUCAUUUCUUCAAGUGAAAUAAAUUAUUUUCGAUACUACAACUUUUUUUCAGAGUUUUUAUUUCACCCCUAGAAAAAAUACCAUUUACAUAGAAAUUAACUUGACAAAAUAUAUCUCAAUAAAUCCUUCUAAGUCUUUGUGAUGAACACUCCUCACAAAAUAAUGCAAACAAAAAAAAAUAAUUAAGAAAUACCAUACACAGAACUUUUUGUAAGGUACAUGUAUUGACACAAUUUUCUUUACUUGCAUGACCUGUGAUUUAUUUAUUAUUUAUAACUGCAACAAAAUAACACAGGAUAUAUUUCUAAUGACUUAAUUGCAAGUAACAGAAAGUACCUACAUGGUAGAUUUUGAAAAAGAAAACAAUAUUGCUUACAUGUAUGACAGCUUUUACAUUAUAUAGCAGUUAGACUGACAUCAUCCUUGAUACUCCAGGGGUUAUGCUCACUUUCACUCCUUGCACCCCUGGAAUAUGUCAUAGCAAAAUUGAAGGUUCAGCUUGCGCCCACUUGUAGAUGAGACGAGAAGACUAGUUUGAUCCUUUGAUGUACAUCAAAAGAAUUUCGUGGUUGCAUACGGUAGAAUUGACUGUCUUUGGUGUCAGAUGUUGCUCAUCUGUAAUCUUUCAGCCCUCGAUUGGUCAGGGUUUUUUCACCCGAGACCUAUCGAAUAGUUAGCUGCAUGCCUUCAAUUUUGCAAUGACAUAUUCCUGGGGUGCUGAGAGCGUAAAUGAGCACAACCCCUGUGUAUCGAGGAUGGGCCGAUAUAAGUUGUGUAAAACAUUGUUUGCACAUUCUUAUAUGACAAAGCAAAAGUUUAUUCAAAUUCUUCUCUGAAGAAAAACGUUGCACAAAAAAUGUAACCUGAAUCGCUCACCUGGUAUUAAUCUUACUUAUUAUCUCAAAAGUGGACUAAAAUAAAGCUACAGGCAAAAUAACAGUGUUUGAUUUAAAAGAUAUAAACAUGCGAUACAAAGUCAAACAAUGACAUUUAGUUUAACAGUGUAUAGCCUUUCAUACUACCAGCAUGCUUCUGACCAAAUAUCAUUACCCUGGACCUUUACAUUAUUCUGAAGUUGUUUAAAGAUUUCAAAAUAUUUUAUCCUUGUACAUGUAACCUUGC